UGAGCGGGAAAAGGCAGGGGAGGGACCAAAAGGACCCCCCCCCCCUCCGCCAGGGAAAAAGGAAGGGAAAGUGGUAUAAGACAAAGUCGACGAGGCAGAGACGAGCGCGGGGCUGGGGCCGACUUUAGGGUCUGGAGUUGGGGUUCUCUCAGACACUCCCUGGGCACCCGCGUUCACGCUGACGACAACUGUACGACCCUCCCCUCACCGCUUGCUCCGCCAUUAGCCGCGCCCCGCGGACCUGUGACCUCCAAAACUGGUACGCUCGGCGAUUCCCCCCACAACUUCGGCUCCAGACUCGCGCUUUUGAUUGGUUCUUAAGAUAUCCCUCAGCGUGGUUCGCCCAAUGGAGGGCCCGGCCGCUCCGCCCCUUCCCUGCCCCCUGAGGAGAGCCCGCCCCUGCCCCGCGCCUGGGAGCGGAGGAGAGUAAAUACAACAGGAGCGCAAAAUGGCGGAACCGCCGAGCCUAGUGCACUGCGCCCCCGCCGCCGUCUCGGAGAAAGAACCGUUUUCCAAGCUGCAGCCCCCCUCCCGGGACCCGCCAGGUCCUCUGUCCGCCAAGAAGAUCCGGACUGAGGAGAAGAAGACGCCGCGGAGACUGAACGGAGAAGGAGGCAGCGGCGGCAACAGCAGGCAGCUGCAGUCUUCCGCGGCACCUUCUCCUCAGAGCUAUGGUAGCCCUGGGUCUUGGAGCUUCGCCGCUCUGUCUGCUGCCCCCUCCCCGUCCUCUGCUCGGAGCAAUUUCUCUUUCUCCGCUGGCACGGCCGUCCCCUCCUCAGCCUCUGCUUCCUCGUCCCAGCCGGUGCCGCGCAAACUGCUGGUCCCUCCUACGCUCCUGCACGCUCAGCCUCACCAUCUCCUGCUGCCGGCCGCCGCCUCCUCCGCCAACGCCAAGCCGCGCAGACCCAAGGAGAAGCGAGAGAAGGAAAGGAGGAGGCACGGCCUCGGCGGGGCGGGCGAGGCUGGCGGGGCAGCCCGCGAGGAGAACGGGGAGAUGAAGCCGCUGCCGAGAGAUAAAAUCAAAGACAAAAUUAAAGAAAGAGAUAAAGAAAAGGAGAGAGAAAAAAAGAAGCUUAAAAUAAUGAAUGAGAUCAAGAAAGAAAAUGGAGAAGUAAAGAUUUUGCUGAAAAGUGGGAAGGAGAAACCAAAAACAAGUGUAGAAGACUUACAAAUUAAGAAGGCAAAGAAGAAGAAGAAAAAGAAACACAAAGAGAAUGAAAAACGGAAGCGUCCAAAAAUGUAUAGCAAAUCUAUUCAAACCAUCUGCUCAGGAUUGCUGUCUGAUGUUGAAGAUCAAGAAGCCAAAGGCAUCCUAAGUGAUAACAUAAAAGAUUACAGUGGAAAGAAUUUGGAUACCAAGAACUAUGAUUCCAAAAUUCCAGAGAACAGUGAGUUUCCAUUUGUCUCAUUAAAGGAGCCACGGGUUCAGAACAACCUCAAAAGGCUAGACACUUUGGAGUUCAAACAGCUCAUUCAUAUUGAGCACCAGCCUAAUGGAGGUGCAUCAGUUAUCCACGCCUACAGCAAUGAACUCUCCCACCUGUCUCCUGUGGAGAUGGAGAGGUUUGCAGAAGAGUUUGUGGGUCUGGUGUUCAGUGAAAACGAGAACUCUGCAGCUUUCUAUGUAAUGGGUAUUGUUCAUGGGGCAGCUACUUAUUUACCUGAUUUUUUAGACUACUUUUCAUUUAAUUUUCCCAAUUCACCAGUGAAAAUGGAGAUAUUGGGAAAGAAGGAUAUAGAGACAACAACUAUGUCCAAUUUUCAUGCUCAGGUAAAAAGAACGUAUUCUCACGGUACUUAUAGAGCUGGCCCAAUGCGACAGAUCAGCUUGGUGGGAGCAGUAGAUGAAGAAGUGGGAGAUUACUUCCCUGAGUUCCUUGACAUGUUGGAAGAUUCACCAUUUUUAAAAUGUACACUGCCAUGGGGGACACUAUCUAGUCUAAAAUUAGAGAGUCGAAAAGAUAGUGAUGAUGGUCCAAUCAUGUGGGUACGCCCAGGAGAACAAAUGAUCCCUGUGGCUGAUAUGCCAAAGUCACCUUUCAAAAGGAAAAGAACUACCAAUGAGAUAAAAAACCUGCAGUACCUACCUCGAACUAGUGAGCCUCGUGAGAUGCUCUUUGAAGACAGAACAAGAGCUCACGCAGAUCAUAUAGGACAAGGUUUUGAACGACAGACUACAGCUGCUGUUGGAGUGUUGAAGGCUGUGCACUGUGGAGAGUGGCCUGAUCAACCUCGAAUAACCAAAGAUGUAAUUUGUUUUCAUGCUGAAGAUUUCUUAGAAGUAGUUCAACGAAUGCAGUUAGAUUUACAUGAACCUCCACUGUCCCAGUGUGUCCAGUGGGUUGAUGAUGCAAAACUUAAUCAACUGAGGAGGGAAGGCAUUCGCUAUGCCAGGAUUCAGCUGUAUGAUAAUGACAUUUAUUUUAUUCCAAGGAAUGUUGUUCAUCAGUUCAAGACAGUUUCAGCUGUAUGCAGUUUAGCAUGGCAUGUUCGUCUCAAGUUAUAUCACUCAGAGGAGGACAGUGCUCAGAAUACAGUUACUCAUGAAACAUGCACAUCACCAGAUUCCACAUCAUCAGUUCUUGGACCUCACACUGACAACAUGAUUUGUGCUGUAAGCAAAACCUCCUUGGAUUCUGUUUUUUCAGACAAACUUCAUUCUAAAUAUGAAUUACAGCAGAUUAAACAUGAACCUAUUGCAACUGUAAGAAUCAAGGAAGAACCUGUGAAUGUUUAUAUUCCCGAAAAGACUGGAGCACCAAAUAAUAUGGAUGGCAAGAAUGUUAAAGCAAAAUUGGAUCAUGUUCAAUUUACAGAAUUUAAGAUUGAUGUGGACUCUAAAUUUGAAAAUAGCAACAAAGAUUUAAAGGAAGAAAUGUGUCCUGGAAGUCUCAUAAGUCUAGUUGAUACAAGGCAACAUAGUUCAACACAUUCAAAUCAAGAGAGAAAAGAUGAUAACAUUUUGUGCUAAAUUUGUAUAUACCAUUUAAAAUUGUUUUUUUUUCUUCAACUUAAUAAUGUAAUAAAGAUUCAUGAGUUCUGAAAGCAAGCCAAGACUUGCUCCCAAGUCUGUUACAAAUUAUAGUUUAUGUAGCUUUGUAACAUUCCUCAGUGCCUGUCCAUAACUGUGAAGUAUCAAAGCACUUAGGGCCAGAUGCACUGUAAACAUUGCAGGUUUAAACAAAAGGAGUCUUUAAAAAAAUCAUUUGAGUUGGAGUUGUAGGUUUUAGAAUAGAGCUGACAUUAACAUAUAUAUAUAUAU